AUGGACCAUCAAUAUAAAGGAAUCUUUCAAUUACUGUUGCAUUUCCAAUGGACAUGGAUUGGGAUCUUGUCUGUGAAUAAUAAUAGUGGUGAGAAGUUUGUACAAGAUCUGGUUCCCAUGUUUGCCCAGAGAGGAAUCUGCUUAGAUUUCAUUGAAACGUUUCCUGUCAUUGAAUAUUCAAAUACCAUUCUUGAAUUGGUGGAAAUGGAACUUCAAAUGUACAUGGUGGUUAUGAAAAGCACAGUUAAUAUAGUACUAGUUCAUGGUGAAAUUUACGGAAUUGUAGUUCUGAGACUUCUUUCCACUAAUUUGAAAUCUGAAGAUGUAUCAUUAUGGAGAAAGGGUAAAAUCUGGGUGAUGACCGCUGAGAUGGAUUUCACCUCACUUCCCUUUCUAAGGAAUAGUGACCUAGUUUUCCUCCAUGGUGCUCUGUCUUUUGCAAUUCACUCAGAGAAGGUGUUAGGAUUUCAGCAAUUUGUUCAGAUGAGGAACCCUAUCUUGGAAAAAGAAGAUACUUUUAUCAAGCUCUUCUGGGAAAGUGCCUUUGAAUGUUCCUUCUCCAUCUCUGUUAUGGAAGAUGAAAAUGUGAUUCCCUGCACUGGAAAGGAGAAACUGUUAGCUCUUCCUACAUCUGUGCUUGAAAUGGAUAUGACUGGCCAAAGCUACAGCAUCUACAAUGCCAUCCAUGUGGUGGCACAUGCUUUGCAUGACUUCCAUUCAUCAACGGUGGAAUACAGAACUAGAGGACAUGAAGCCAAACUGGAACAUCUGGAACAAAAGCUGUGGAAAGUCCAACCUCUAUCUUUGUGCAAUAGCAGGUGCCAUUCAGGUUCCAGUAGGCGCAAGAUAGAAGGGAGGCCAUUUUGUUGCUAUGAUUGCCUUAGAUGUCCACAUGGGAAGAUUUCCAAACAAGAAGAUAUGGAUGAUUGUUCUCAAUGUCCAGAAGAUCAAUAUGCAAAUGCGAACCAGGAUUUUUGUCUAGUAAAGAUUGCAACAUUUUUGAUGUAUAAAGAAACUUUGGGGAUCAUUUUGGCCAGUUCUGCUCUUUUCUGUUCUUUGGUCACAGUUGGAGUCCUUUGGAUCUUUAUUAAGCAUCAGGACACUCCCAUUGUCAAAGCCAACAACCGGAAUCUCACCUAUGCUCUCCUUAUUGCUCUCCUCUUGUCUUUUCUUUCUUGUUUAUUAUUCCUUGGAAAACCUGGCAAGAUGACAUGUCUCCUUCGUCAAACUGCCUUUGGUAUUAUCUUCUCUGUGGCCAUUUCCUGUGUGUUGGCAAAGACCAUCAUUGUAGUUCUGGCUUUCAUGGCCACUAAGCCUGGUUCUAAGAUAACCAAAUGGGUGGGGAGAAGAUUGGCCAUGUCCAUUGUGUUGGGCUGCAGCUUAAUUCAAGGAAUUAUUUGCACUAUUUGGCUGACAACCUCUCCCCCAUUCCCAGAUGCUGACACAAAUUUAGGGGUGGAAGAAAUCUUUCUGCAGUGUAAUGAAGGUUCAGUCUUCAUGUUCUACUGUGUCUUGGGCUAUAUGGGUUUCCUUGCCAUUAUUAGCUUUACGGUGGCUUUUCUAGCGAGAAAAUUGCCUGAUACUUUCAAUGAAGCCAAGUUUAUCACCUUCAGUAUGUUGGUCUUCUGUAGUGUUUGGUUGUCCUUUGUUCCAGCAUACCUGAGCACCAAAGGAAAAUAUAUGAUUGCGGUAGAGAUCUUCUCCAUUAUUGCUUCUAGUGUUGGGUUACUGAGUUGUAUUUUUUUCUCUAAAUGCUACAUCAUUCUUUUGAAGCCUGCUCUAAACAACAGAGAACAGCUAAAAAGACAAAGCCAAAGAAAAACAUAA